AUGUACAGCUGCGUAGAAUUUGAAAAAAAAGAAUGUGCCAUUGUCCCUUUGAUAUGGCUAAUAGGAAGCGAUCCUCAACGGUGUUAUUGGCCCAAUUCAUGCUUGGAAUCCGCAGUAUUAGAACAAAGGCCCCCUACAACUUCUUGGCCUACCUUUUUGGUCAAAAAACUUCAUUUUACUUGUGAAAUUUUAGCAGAUGCUGAAAUAAGAUUGGAGGAGUUAUUGGAUAGAGAGACAACUGAGGAUGAGGAAACUUUUGUUAAAAAAGCAACCAAAGAUACUGACAUUCUUAGUGUAGCAUCUCCAUUAAAUGCGACGUCCCUUUUAAAGGCAACGUCUUCUUUAAGUGAUACCUCAACAACAACUAUCAGCAGCAAUUUCGAGCAGCGUGUAACAUCUCCUUUAAGUGCAACCUCAACAACCAUCAACAACAAUUUCGAGCAGCGUGUACUGAUGAUUCUUCAAAAUAAGCACAGGUUGAGCACCUUAGGAGGUGCACAUGUUCGACAAGCUAUUCAAGAUUGGCUAAGACUUGCACCCCAAAGAUUUUCCUAUCAAGAAAAUAAAAAUUUAAACGUUGAAGUAAAUAUUACAUCUGGCAACAUGAGCUACCAGGUCAUUUCUGAAAGGCCAGUAGAAGAAUCUACUGAAAAAGAAACAAUAGGAGAGGAAACAGGGCAACUUCCUGAAUUUGAAGAUCCACCUGCAUCACCGUCUUAUAGUUCGUCCAGAUUGUCCACCCCAUGUACAAAAAAGAAAAAAAACUAG